UCAUGUGACCGUACAACACAUCAAAAUGGCGACGAAACAAAUAGUUGGAUGUUUUCUUUUAAUUUCCGGUCAUUUUGCAAGAGCAAGCGUAUUUGAUGGGAUUUUAGACGAUGUAACAUCAUGCAAAGAACUUUGCAAAAAUACUUACACCCCGCAUACAUUUGAAAAGAGCAAUAGUGAGGAAUGCUGCCACCGUGGCUGCAGAUUGUUCUCCAUGAUGGAGUUCCUGUAUGACAAUGUCAACAAAACUACAAAAGUUUGUCACUCUUCCUGUUCAGAAGCUUAUCCAGACAAAGAUGACUUUGAAGCAUGUAAACUUGGGUGCAGCAGCCAGAAACCUUUUGCCUUGGACCAUAUACUUAGGGAGGACCCAUGGGAGCAGCAGAUUCAUUUUAUGAGUCCAAUGAUGUACAUGCACCAGUGGUACAGUAACGUGUUCAACAACAUAAUGAACCAGGCAACCGUCAGCUGGACCAUGUACAUGAGGGACAAUGACGGUAGUGUUGUUGUUGUCAAGUCGCCAAAACAGUUCAAGGUGUACGAACUUAGAGGUGCUGAUGAAGAUUCCAGUGAUGGGUACAACACAGCCAGCUCACUAGAGACAAACAUAAAACCAAUGGACAACUCUGCUACACCAUUCCUGAAAAAUCCCGCCUACAAAUCCCAGCGUAAUGACGAUGACCUUAUUGACCUCUCUGUCCGUGACCUUGAUGAUUACAGAAACAAGAGGCGUUUACAAGAGGAAGCCAAUGAUUGGUUGUCAUGUGUUGCCAAGAAGACAGGGAUCUCACGACUCAUUCUCAGCUGGUUGCUACUCAUGUGUGCUAUAGUUAUGAUCUGGCUGUGCCUGUCAGCAGCAGUUACCUCCCCUGAACAGAAAGUCUACACAGAACCACAGAAGCUGAGUAUAAAUGGGGACCAGGAAAUCAUUGCGGAGAUGCUUGCAAGAGGAAUCAAACCAUCGUAUCCUAUAGAGAAGAAGAGUGAACUCCAGUCUCUACCAAUCAAGAUCAGUGUUCACAGAAUAUAAAUCCGUCUGCUGUGAUACGUACUGGAUGAAAUAAUCGAACCUCUUUCAUAUUGUAGAUGCUGAGAUAUGAGAAUUACCUUUGAUUACAUUCAAUAUGGAACUCGAGAAGUUAAGAGGACUGUUUAUAUAUGAUUUUGUUGAGUCCUGAAUAUGGAGCUAUAAAAAACCUCGUUUUUUUCCGUUGUUUUUUUUUUGCUUCGGUAGAAAUAACUCAUUCUUACUAUACAAUAUACCUGUAGUGAUUUAUGAAAUAAUUCAAACUGUUCAAUGUUUUCACACAAUUGAUGUACUGGGACAAUUAUUUUAUAUUACCGUAGAAUAAAAUGAACUCAAAAGCACAUUUUAACAGCAAUAAAAUAAACAUUCUUAAGCAUGUACAAAAUGAAAGUAUUGAGAAUAACUCCAUUUGAAAUCCAUUUUGAUACAUAUUCUGCAUCAAAAUUGAGGGAAACACCUUAUAUACAUAGGAGGUUUGUUUUGAUAUGUUAAUUAUACGUCUUUGCAAGCAUUGCUGUUAUACAAAACAAAUAUACAUGUAUACCACAAGUUCUUUUAUUUAAUUACCAGUCAAAUUAAUGGAAUGCUCUGUUUGUAAUCUGUAAAGAUGCUACAUUUAUGCCAUCAAAAAGAGAGAGAGCAAGGAUUGCUUUAGUAAACCUUUGAUAAAAUACUGGUAUUCAUCGAUUGGCUAAUUUUAAAAUUUAAAGAUGAAGUAACUCUUACUAUUUUUUUAAUCGAGUUACUUCCCUUUGGCAGCCAUGCCAGUUCUUAUUGUUAUUUUGAGGCUGAUUGACAGCAUCAUCUCAUGAUCUUGUGUUUAGGUAUAGCUGUAGCAUUCCAGUAACAUUAUUUACUAUUUUUCUGUGGGAUAUACUUUACUCUUUGACAGUUUAUACUGUUUUGGGUCUCUUUUUAAUGGGUUGUUAUAAUUAAUGGUAAAUUUUGUUAUAUUACGAUAUUUGUGUACAUAAUAAAAAGUGAGGUGUGCAUUGAUAUUUGGAUGAAUGGACCUAUAAAGUCUGUGAUGUGAAGAAAUUUGUGAAGUAUUUAAUCUCGAGAACCAUCUAGCAAAAAAAAAGUCAGGGUUUUAUUAAAGUGCAAUAAUAAACAUGUAAGUUUAUGGGUAUGUAAAACCAUGAAUAAGUAAGAUGGCCUAUUUUUUGUUACAAUAUAAAGGCAUUUAUUGUGGAGGGAUUACAUCUUUCCUUUUGUAAGUUAUUCACUGCACCUUUGUAAAACAGUUGAGUUUUAAAAAAUGGGUUGUUAUUGCUUGAAAGAAAAAUAAAUAUUUUGUGAUAUUUUGGUUCUGCAAGUGAGGUCUUAACUGCACUGAUAGUAUAUACAAGAAGUUAUUAAAAUAUUUCUAUAUUAAAUGAUCUAAAAGUUUAUAAAAAUGAAGUGUUUCUGCACUUAUAAGCAAAAUAUUUUUUUUUAUAUAUAUGUAGGUUUUUAUUCUUGUUUGUAGUACAAUGUACUUAAUAAUGUUGUGACUGUGAUUGUGUAUAAAAUAGUUGAAUGGAGAAAAUAAGUGAUAAAGCACAAUAUUUUGGAGGUUUGAGAGGGUUUAUACAAGUUUUGCUUUUCGUGUUUGUGAUAAAUUUAGGCAUUCUGGAGCAGAAAUACAUUUUUCAAGUGACGAGGCAUCACUCCUGGUUGAUCAAGAAAUGGUCUUUUUUCCUUUAAAGCUUUUUUUUAGAGCUUUAGAAAUGCUAAUAUUUUGUGAAAUUCUUAGCGUUGUUAAAUGUUAAUUGGACACAGUUAAGUUCAGAACUUUGUUGUAAGUUUGAAACGCUUCUAACAGAUAUCGAGACCUUAUUAUAAAACGAGAGUUUGGAGACCAGUCUCGGACAUAAGCUUUAUCAUUGGUUGUUUUCAGGAAAGAGCUCAAAAUCAACCAAUCAGAUGCUAAAGUUUUGAGAAGAAAAAUGGUCUCCAGUCUCUCUGUUUUAUAGUCUUAGGCCCUAAGCAUAGAUUUUUGUACAUAGCUGUUUCAGUUUUAACCAGGGGUGGAUGUGAAGUGACGUAGAAAUAGAAUAUUUUCUCAACAUUCUUUCUCAUUUCUGCACGAGUUUGAGAUACAGCAUCCGACAGUACAUACCUGAAAAUUCUUGAAUUUUAUUUGAAAUUCUGUCCUAAAACUUAAAUCUACCAUAUAACGGGUUAUUUUUACUGCUGUAAAAGUUUACGGAUUUGGGUUAAAAACACAUGAUUUUAUUAUAUACGAUUUUAAAAUUUACAAAAUCACAAGGUUUACCGAUUUACUUGACUUUACGUGGCAAAUUUAUACGAGGCCUACAUUUACGAAUUUGAUUUGGUUGUAAAAAAUAGCAGCAGGUAGAAAAUACCCGUUAUACGGUAUUGUUCCUUGGGUUUCAGGGUUUGUAAAAUUCGAGAGAUGCACUGUAUAUAAUCACAGUUCAGGUUAAACAAGUUUUGACAGUACUAUGUCUGUAACAUUGUUAAAGCCAAGCCAUAUCCAAGUAAACUGUAUCUAAAGAUUAGGCAAGUUAGGCAAGCUGUAUCGAACUACUCUGUAAGCUACGUCCAAGGACUCUGAAAGGAUGUUGAGAAUCCAUGUAAAUGUUAUUAUAUAUACAAAAAAGCAACAUCGUGUUUCAGGCGUCAACACACACAAGUUCUGCCCAUUGCGGGAAAACGGGGUAUUUCUUACAUAUUUUCUUGUCUGUACAUUAAAUAUUUGAUAUUGUGUCGUUAAAAUUGACUGAUUGGUGUAAAAUGAGGUAGUGAAAUGAAGGAAUUACUAAUUUCAUUUCUGCAUCAAUUAGUUACAUUUGUUAGAAGCUUUUGAGGUAAAAUGAUAGUGUAUGAUUGAUUGAUUGAUUGAUUGAAUGUUUUUGUAUUGCCGUUUUUAGGAUUGCAUACAUUUUGAUCGCUAAGUAGAUGAAAUCUACCAUAAUGUUUAAUGACAUACAAGAUGUUUUUGAACAUUUUAACAUAUUUCUGUCAGAAGUUUUCGAUCUUGCAAAAGUUUUUUACCGGUAUUCAUUUAAAUUAAUCAUUAAUUAACAGGUUUUUUUACAUGAUAUUUCACGUGUUUUAUAAUUGAAAAACUUAACUUUUUGUAUUCCUGCAGUGUAAUGUCAUUCUUGAAACAUUUAUUUGAAAUAAAGUGAUAAGUUAGAAGUGUGUAAUAAGUGAGUUGCUAAAUGUGAUAUUGUAUAUUGUGCUGUAGUGAACUUGUUGUAGUUAUACGGGUGUCUGGUUCAUAAACAUUCUUGUUCAAACACAAUAAAAAAACCUUGCAGUUGUAUACAGGGUUUGUUAAUAUCAGAUAUACAGUGUUUGUAAACAUCUAAUAUAUGUUGCAGAAACAGCAGUUUGUUUUCACAUGUCUUUAUUCUAGUACUAUUCUGUAUCUAAGGUUGUGUGGUAUUUUCCCAGUUUACCAGUAAGCCCCAGUCGCCUUAUAAUGUCAGGUGCUUAUAAAGCUUGGGCUGUUUUUCCUCUUGAUAACUUUAGAUCUCUGAUGUACUCACUAGUAACCUCGGUUGUACGUUCCUCAUUGUUAACAUUUUCAGAUUUCUUGAUGUCUUUAGCUGUAUUUUUUGCCCACAUUUAUCUGUAAAUGUAUUAACUCAUUGACAUCGCGAUCUCUAUUUUCAACCUUUUACUUUAAACCCUGAUGUCCUGGGCUUCUGCGACAGUAUUUCCCCUAUUUACUUAUAUUAGCAUCUUAUGCUAUAUUUUCCCCAUUUCAGUAUUAACCCCUACCAAACUUAGUAUUUUCUCCACUGACAUUUAAACCCCAAUUUUCUAUUCAACAUCUUAGACUGUAUUUUCCUCCGUUUACUUGCAAUAACAGAUUUACUUUGUCAGUGACAUCGUAUUUUCCCCAUUAAAUUUAAAACACCUUUAGUGUCCAUUUUCUCAGCAUAAGCUUUAUAUAUCUUAGGCAAUUUAAUUUUUUCGAGUGGAAAUGAAUUUGGUAUAAAUUAAGGUACAAGAGUGGUUAUGAAUUAAAACACUUGACUGAUAAAAUUAUACAUGUAUAUAAUUAUAGAUAUUACAGUGCUGGCUGUAUAGUAACUUCAUGUUUGUGAUUUAUUUAUGCAUUUUUAUCUUCAUUUUCAUACUUUGUGAUAUUGUGCUACAACACUUGUACAGGAACCUUCUACAUACUGUUUGCUUCCGAUUUUUAUCAUGAAAUACAAUUUACAAGAAUCAAACCAAUAUUUCUUAACUGACAGUAAAUCUUAAUUGACAGGUAGAUAAAUGUCAUUAUGUCUUAAUUGACAGUAAAUUAAUAUCAGUAUGACUUAAUUGACAAGUAAAUUAAUGGCUUUCUAAAGUUUGGCAUGUACUGAAAAUAAUUUAUUGGAAUGAUUGUUUUAGUUUUUGCUUGUGAAAUUAAAUCCACGAAACCUUGCCAUGGGUCAUUCUUUAGGUUUAAAUAAGAAGUAUUUCUAAUGAUAUAAAAAAUGAUAAGAUUAAAAGUUAGAAUAAUUUAUCAAGUUUAGACUUAAGAAUUAUUAUGUAAAAAGCGAAACACUGAUAGUUAUAGUAACAGAAACUAAAGGGACGACAACUUGUUCCAGACAUUUUUUUCAGAAGUGCAAAAAAAUGUUUUAACAUAAAACUUUCAUGACCUGUGUAACAGUUCCCAGUUUAUAUGUCCACAGUCUGUUAAUUUUGAUGCUAAAUGUAAAGACGCAGGCUGCUAUAACAUUCUACCACAGGAUAAAAAAUUUUCCUUGUUUCCCUUUGCAAACUAUAUGUUUGAUCCUGGAUUUUUUUUCAGUUGUUGAAUUUUAUUAGAAUCUCAGUUUUGUUAUUUUCCUUAGUAACCAAGUGAUAAUUAAGAUUUUAGCUUCACUGAAGGUGCAUAAUACACUUAUAAAAUAGUCCUCAGAGUAGUGAGAGGCUUUGUUAAGAAUAAAUAGAAAACUUGAUAUCGUUUGACUAACAAUUAAAGUAGUUUUACUCUAAGCAUUCCCAGAAGUAAAUACUAACACACAUUCAAUUUUUCAGUUGUAUCUUUGCUAAAUUUAAUAUCUUGUUCUAUUGUAUCAAGUGUUAAUAUGAAGUUGAAAUUUUUGUAUGUUUGUAGUAUAUCAUUAUGUUAGAUUCCACUACUUUAAAGUAAUGAUUUAGUUACAUCUUCUGGAUAAAACAAAUUAAGAACCUCUUUAUUUCAUGUUUAUAUUAUCAUCAUGUUUACGAUUGGGAAUCAAUAAAGAAAAUUGGGUUAAA